GCUGCUGCCCCCGUGACCCAGCUCCGGACAAGCGGAAGAAGAUGGAUGGAUGGAUGGAUGGAUGGAUGGAUGGAUGGAUGGAUGGAAAAAAGAAGUAAUUAUCUGUUAACUUUUCUGUCGUUUAAAAAGAAACAGUGACUGUGGUGUUUGUAAAAGCAUGUUUGUUUGUUUUUUAAAUCUCAAAACUUCAUGAACUCGUUAAUGUGGGAUUAAAUGAUCCUUUAACACUUGAAGCUACUGAAGGUCAUGCUCUCUUUCUGCACUCCCGAGCGGACAGCCUCUCUCACUUUUUCUCUUUGUGCAUGUUUGAUUGUAGGAAUGGAGUCCGCUGUGCAGGUCACCAAAUACUACUGACACAAGUACCUGAACUUUGCUGUACUGUAAUUUAUGUAGCAAAGCAAAACAAAAUAAGACAGAAAACAAGCACAAAGAGACUUCAAAGUGAUCGCCACAGUGAUUCUGCUGUAGAAACAUGAAAAGGACCAAGAAAAAAAAAAAAAGAAAUGUCUCACUAUUUUCCUCCGCUCCUGGCCCAAAUCUUAUAAAUGCAAAAACAGAUGAAAGAAGAGGGCUCUUCCUUUUUGCAUUUUACAGAAAAUUUUGAUUUAAAAAGAGAGAGAUGAUGCUCUUUAAUGUAAGGAAUUUGUUCUGUCUUUGUUUAUGAGAGCAGCUCUACUUGCUCCUUCUUGUUACAACUGUCCUGUUUCUUUACUCAUUAUGCUGAAAAGGCCUUUGAUCAAACCAUAAAUAUAGAAUUACAUCAAAAACAGUCACGUUCUCCUGGAAGUACCAAGAAAACGUGACUGUUCAACAACUAUUAACUUUUUUGGCAUGUGAUGUUUUUUCUGGCUUCUGUUUAGUGUUAUUGUGUACAAUGGAAAGCUUUGUUCCAUGUGGCCAAUGAUGUCACACCGCAGUGAAAUCACACUCUUACUCAGGUAUAAAAGAAAGCAGCUUCAGCUCUGCAGAAAUCUGAACAUCCUGUACAAAGAAGCUUCAGUAGCUCCUCAUCAAACUUUGAGACUUAAAGCUCCGACAUGAUCUUGCUCCUCUUCUUGUUCAGUCUGACUCUGGGUGCUCCUUCUGAUGACAAUGGAGUGAAGCUCCAACUUGCUAAACUACCGCGUGGAAGCUGUCCCAUGUUCUGGUACAGCUUCAAUGGCCGCUGCUACAAAUAUGUGGCCACACACAUGAGCUGGGCUGAUGCAGAGCUCUACUGUGUGUCACAGCGAGCCAACCUGGUGUCUAUCUACAGCGAGGAGGAAGAGGAGUUUGUUAAAUCAUUAAUUAAGAACUUUGACCAUGCUGAGCGAUGGACCUGGAUUGGACUGAGUGACCUCCAUAAAGAAGGCAGAUGGAUGUGGUCUGAUGGUUGUGCAGUGAGUUUCGUCUACUGGAAUGCUGGACAACCAGACAACGCGGGAACAAAUGAACACUGUGUUCACACUAACUUGUUGGACUUAAAGAAAUGGAAUGAUAACCAAUGUUCUGUCAAUUUAGCUUCUGUUUGUGCAACGCAGAUAACCUGCCCUUAG